UACUCUUGCCUCUAGGCCCAUUUGCCCGCACAGAAAGAUGCUCACUCAGAUGAGGGCAAGCGAGCAGACAGGGGAACCUGCCUAGAACCAGCGCCUCUCGCCUCAGCACGUAACUGCCGAAGCUCUCUCUAUAAAUAAGCGCACACAUUCAUGAUUCAUCUCCUCGUUCCAGCAAUCCACCCCGGUGAAAGACGCAGGCAACCAAUUUCACACGCACGAGUGAUUGAGCGAGCAAGAUGGCGAAUCUGUUCCUGAAGCAGGCGAAGCAGUACGCGGCGACACGGCCGGCCUACCCGCCGGAGCUCUUCGAGUUCAUCGCGUCCAAGACGGCCCGCCAUGACCUGGCAUGGGACGUCGGCACAGGCAGCGGCCAGGCCAUAGCGCCGCUAGCGAAGCUGUACAAGGAAGUGGUUGGCACAGACACGAGCGCGCAGCAGCUCUCCUACGCGCCUCCCCUCCCCAACGUCCGCUACGUGCACACCCCAGCAGACCUUCCGCUGGCGGGCAUCCACGCGGCCGUGGCGCCGCCUUCCUCCGUGGACGUCAUCACCGUGGCGCAGGCUUUCCACUGGCUCGACCUGCCGCGCUUCUACGCGGAUGCCCGCUCCGUCCUGCGCGCGCCGCACGGCGUCCUGGCCGCCUGGUGCUACACCGAGCCCCGCGUGGACGCCGGCGGCGCCGUGGACGCCGCCUUCUGGCGCCUCUACGAGGCCUCGCAGCCGCACUGGGCGCCCAACCGCAAGAUGGUCGACGACGAGUACCGGAGCGUGGAAUUCCCCUUCGACCCCGUGGACGGGGAGGCGCACACGGGCCCCUUCGAGUUCUCCACGGAGCGGCGCAUGGACCUGGAUGACUACCUCACGUACAUCAGCUCCUGGUCCGCGUACCAGACGGCCAAGGACAAGGGCGUCGAGCUGCUCGACGAGGCCACGGUUCGGGAGUUCGCUGCGGCGUGGGGCGGCGACCGCGGGGUGGUCAAGACGGUCAGGUACCCCGUCUUCCUUAGGAUCGGCAAGGUCAGGCCAGAAUCAGAUGUAUGAUGAUCAGCGAGUGAAGAAAGGGGUGUUUGUUGGACCAUUCUAUUUGGAUUUCCACGCUCUUUUUUAGGAAGAGUCAAUAAAUAAAUGAACCAUAAACCAAUUUCUCAUGUAACUUUUGUAGUGUUGUAAUCAAUAAUUUACCAACUGUUCAGGCUCAAUCAUAGUUUAGGCUGAAAUUUAUUAUGAACCAUUUUCGAAUCAGGUAGUAAGAGGUUUUUCUGAUC